AUGUCGGAGGACACAUACUUCCGUCGGGCCAUCAACUGGAUGUACGGUGAUAACGCCUACCUACAGAAGUUACCACCAAAGGAAAUUGGUGAAAAACACGUCAAUGAGCUUCUCGGACGUCAUCCCUUCCAUCCGUAUGAUCCGGAGAUGAAACCUGAACAUCCUUGUUACGAGCAUAAUAUCAUGCUUUACAGCUGCAUGACCGCCGAUCACGUUGAGGGCUAUGAGCUUCACAUGAAACAUGUGAGCUGUUACUUUCCGUACAAAACGGACUUGAUGAAGUGCCUCGCGGCGGAACGACGUCGGGCCCGCUUAUCAUCCGAGCAAACUAGGGAACAACAAAUUUCUCAUGGUAGUGGCGGAAAUGGCGUAUAA